CUCUCAGCUGGGCUUGUCGAGGCCCGUGUAAGCGAACUAAUCCGAACAGGGAACUACUAUUCAAUCUCAGGCUCACGAUGGCGACUGUCGACCCCAGUACUUGCCCGCACCAGGCCUUGCCCCAGGAGCGCAUCGAUUCUUCAGCGGCCGUUAUUAGUGACAAUGUGGAAGAUAUCCUCAAGGAGUACGACGUGCUCCGCGAGGCGUGUCCCAUCGCCUACACGAACCAAUACGGCGGCUACUGGCUCAUGACGCGGUAUGAGGACAUCAAGGCGGCCGCCCUCGACUCCGAGACCUUCAUCUCGUCCGUCAAAGCCGUCAUCCCGUCGGACCCGCGCGGCCUGCGCCGGCCGCCCCUCAACUUCGACGCGCCCAACCACACGCCGUACCGGACCGCCCUGGACCGGACGCUGAAGCCGGCGCGCAUCAAGCGGCUGACGGCGCGCCUGGAAGAGCACGCCGAGGCGCUGCUGUCGCCGCUCCUGCAGCGGGGGCAGGGCAACAUCUGCACCGAGUUCGCGGCCCAGUUCGCCGCGUGGGUCGAGACGGAGUGGCUGAACCUGACGCCGGACACGGCGCCGCGGCUGGCCCGCACGGCCUCGGCGUGGGUCAACGCCUGGCGCCAGAUGGACGCCGAGAAGACGACGUACUACAGCACCCAGCUCUACGACAUCGCGCGCGCCGUGCUGGCGGACCGUAGAGAACACCCGCGAGACCCCGAGGAGGAUCCGGCGAGCAGUUUGCUGCUGGAGCGCAACAGCAAUGGGGAGCCGCUGGAGGAGAUACACCUUGUGGGAUGCAUACGGCAGAGCCUUGUCGUGGGGAUGGUAGCGCCGCCGCUGAUGAUGGGGGGCAUGUGCAACCACCUGUCCAAGGACCAGCAGCUGCAGCAGCAGCUCAGGGAAGACCCCAGCCUGAUCCCGGCGGCCAUUGAGGAGUUCGUGCGUCUGUUCAGUCCGUACCGCGGCUUCGCGCGGACCGUCUCCAAGGAGAUCACCAUGCACGGGCAGACAAUCCGGCUGGGGGUCCCCAUCUCGCUCACGUACAGCGCCGCCAACCGUGAUCCCGCGGUCUUCGACGACCCGCACCGCUUUGUGCUGAACCGGCCCAACAUCGCGAUGCAUCUGGGCUUCGGGAGAGGCCGGCAUCGCUGCGCUGGGCAGCCGCUUGCGAAGCUGUACGUUGCGUCCCUGGCAGGGCAACAACAACAUAUGACUAUGGGUAGGCGUGGACGUGGCUAAUCAACCAUC